AUGAGCUUCUUUGAAGGAGGGCGGCGUCGAAGCCGAAGUUCGAUCGGUUCGAUGCAAAUCAACAAUAGUGGGGAUUCCAUCAGUUCUUCGCUUUCAUCAAAUUCGGAACCAAGAUGGCUGGGUUACGAGUCACCGGUACGGAACGACUGGUUGGGGGAGUACCGAAACUUUAGCCACGAUGACAAUAGUGGUGAUGAAACUGGCCUGCAAGUGCUUUAUGGGGAAGAAACAAACAUGUCCAAGUUGCAAGAUCUUUUGGAAGCCGGAACUACAUUAGGAAAGGGUUUGAGUCGAGCAUACUCGGCGGGGGGGAUGGGCGAGGUUCCAGUCUUGAGGAUACGAGGUGGGGGGUCCAGUGGCGGUGAAACAGACGAAGAGGCAAGCAUGUUUCUUUCUAUCUCAGCUACCAUUGGGGGCAAAGUUUGGUGGAAAGUGUCGCGCAGGAAGACGAAUUCUUUCAAGCAAGGGGUGAAGGUUCAUCAGGUACUCGUCGAUCUGGUUAGAGACAAAAAUGAAGGGGUCGAGGUUGAUGCUGCCGCUUCGGACGAAAGCUCAGUUGGUGAUAGAGACGAUCUUGUGGCGAUCAGCCUCUCCACGGCGGUUGAUUGGUCAAAAGGACGGGUCAAACUACAGCGGAAGCCAUACUUGGAUACCUCCUACGAAAAUGGUGUUGAGUUGUGUGAAGCCAUAGUAGCGACUUUUGAGGCUUUGACGGAAGAAAUUGAAGACGAGGAUUCAUCACAGGGAGAAGUGGAAGAGUUAGAUCAAUUUGAUGAAACACAAAUGACUAACUUGAGAGGGCUCGUGGACAAGCUUGAAUCUGAUUUGACACAGACCGAUGCAUGGAGCAAUGAUUUGGAGAGACGCAUCAACUCGCUUCGAGACAGUCUCAAUGAUAAGAUGCCGUCAGAAGAGGGCAGAAAAGAGAUCAAUCAACAGCUAGGUAGCCUAAAAGAAAACGUUGGGAAUUUGCAAGCCCGCCUUUCUGACACAAACAAGUUGAGCGCGAACUUGGAAGAACAGCUGCAAGCUGUCGGCGAAAGUGGAAGUAUUUCUCGAACAAGUGCCAAGAUGCCCAAGCCACCAGUUGAAGCUGUUGACUUCAUCCCAGAGUCUGGAAUCCUCCCUCCUGAUGAGCAAUUGAAAGCACUCAAAGCCAAAAUGGACAAUCUGCAAUCACAGUUGAAUCGCGCCAAUCGAGCCGGUGAUGACCUGGAGAAAAGACUUCGAGACUUGAACAAGAGUGUUGAAGAAACACAACAACGACAUGCUGCAGAUGCAGAAGCUUCGAAGUCAGUUCCUCCGCCGGCAACCACGGAGACUCCAGGGGCGGAAACGCCACAAGAAAAGGGUCCUCCGCGUCCACCUCCACCGGAACCUGCAGAGGCGCCCCCAGCGCCCCCAGCGCCACCACCGAAAGUGGAUGACUUCACGUCGGCUUUUUCCGCAUUAUCAAGUGCACCGCCAGGUAACUACAUGCAACAGACAAAAGAUGUUGAGGAGAUGAGCAUCGAUUCCUCAUUCGGUGAUAUUUCAGACGCUGGUUCAGAUGCAGGCGAUUACGACUCUGCACAAUCAGGGUCUGACGCUGGCGAAAAGGGCAGAGAAAGCCCAUUCCUGUCGGCUGCAGAUGAAGCUAGCGAGACAUCUUCCAAAAGCUACCACACAUCAAGGGAUGCUGACAAGAGUGCUGGGCCUGGACGCAAAGAGCGUGCUUCGAAACCAUCCAUGGAACCAAAGAGUCUACCAGAGAGCGAGGAUGAAGGCUCUCUAAAAACCACCAGUGAUUUGCCGUCUCUGGUCUCGUCGGUUUCCUCUGAUUCGUUCGAUCAACUCUGGGAACCAUCACCUCCAGACGUUGGGGAGGAGAAGUUGGAACAGACAGACGACAGGGAAGCACCUGGGGUUCCACCAGCUGAACCAUCAGCUCCAACAAAAACAUUUGAAAACGAAGGGGGGCGGGAUAAACCUGACUCUGACGCUCGAGAAGAGGAAGUUGAUGGUGCUCGAGUUGGUGACUUCAUGAAGGCAUACUCUGCAGUUUCUAACCCACAACAACAGCCGCAGGCAACAAAAUUAUCUGAUCCAGGCAGAGACGACAAAAGUUUGAUAGACGACUCAGUUGCUUCCAUCAGUUCUGCAACCUACCAAUCAGAAUCGACUCACCAAAGAAGGGACCAGCAGGAAGAAACUGUUGGUGAUCGUGACACCAAGGGACAGCCAAAAAUCCUAGAAGAGCCCAAACUUGAGGAAGAAGCCAAGCUUGAAUAUCCCGCGCUCGCGGAAGAUCCCAAGGAUGAUCCCAAGGAAGCUACCAAGGAAGACCGCGUUGAAGCCUUCACAAACGUGUUUUCGGCGUUGUCUGCGCCCAAACCCAUGAAGGCUGAUGAAUACCUUGAUCAGCAAAGCGUUGAUUCUUCCAUUGGAGAUAUUAGUUCCGCAUCUGAAAACUCUGACGACCUGUCAGAUAAUGCUCCGGAGGGGGCAGCAGAGAAGCCAAGCUCAGUCCCAGCAAAGGCUCUAACCGAACAGAGGAAAGACGAGGAAAAGGAGGAAGUUGCAGAAAGUCGAGAUUUGCCACAAGAGCAAGCGACUCGUCGAGUUGACGACUUCACCGAGGCAUUCUCUUCCUUGGCAGCUCCAAAAGAUAAAGAUGCUGACGAUGACGAUGACCACGACAGUGUGGAUUCGUCGGUUCAAUCCCUGUCGACAGCAGUGUACGACUCAGAACUGGAAUCCCCGGACAAAAGUGAAGCUAUCAAGCCAACAAGCAAAGAAAAACCUCCAUCUGAUAAAGUGGCCGAAGUAAAAGAAAGGACUGCCCCUGCAGUUGGCAAAGAAACGACAGAGGGCCCAACUCGACAAGAGAACGAGGAGAAAGUUGUGAAGGAGGGUCAUGACGAGCCAAAAAAGCCUCCAGGUGGUCGGGUUGACGACUUCACACAGGCAUUCUCUGCCCUUGCGACUUCAAAAGGCAAGGAUGCCCAAGUUGACAAUGACGACAGCUUGGAUUCAUCUGUUGGAUCGCUUUCCUCUGCAGUCUAUGACUCGGAGAUGGAAACUGAAAUUGCCCAGGGGCCUGAUCCAAAGCCAGCAAUCACAGGUGGCAUUCAACCACAGAAAGAUGGUGGUGAUGAUGAUGAUGACUCGCCCAAAUCAUCGGCACCAGAUCACAAGGCAUCAGUGAAGCAAGUGAGCCAACCUUCAGCACAGGAGGGCGCUUCAGAGCGUAAACCGCCAGCGGAUCCGUCACAAAAAGUAGAAGAUUUUACGCAGGUUUUCUCGUCUCUUAGCAGCCCAGACAAGAAAGCCCCGAAGACUGCCGAUGAGGAGCAAAGCAUAGACUCUAGCGUGGGGUCGAUUGCAACCGCAUCGACAAUGCAAGAACCAGUGGCUGCUCCUGAUUUGCUCGGAAAACCGGGAGAUGAACUCGAUGAGGAUGCAGAAAUAUUUGCCGAGCCCCUGCAGCGUGCUGUGUCACAACCCCCCGAAACCAAGGAACGAUUGAAGUUGGAAGAAACUAGCAAGCAAGCUGUGGAAAAAUUGGAGCCUGCGGAGUCUGCACGAAAGGUGGACGACUUUACCCAGGCGUUCUCUGCCCUCAACGCGCCUGCACCACCAAAGAAAACUCACGAAGUCGAGGACGAAGGCAGCAUAGACUCCUCGGUCGGCUCCAUAUCCUCUGUUGUCACUGAUGAUGAAGUCGAGUUAGGGCUAUCUGCAAAGAGGCCUGUUGACACUACAACCGAUCAGGGAAAUGUCACAGCAGAUGCUCCAGCAAAGCUUGCUCAAACAGAUCCCAAAGAAACGUCCCCUUCGAGAGAUGAAUCGGGACCAGAAGGGCUGGCGCCUGCACUGGGCGAUCAGAAAGAAGACAGGACAGCAAAGCCACACGAUGCGAGUGCUGCCAAGUCAUCUGCGCCUACUGAUGCAGUGCCAGCUGAACCGCAAGAUGGCGAUGGUGAUGCAACAAAGCGUGACUCAAAGGUGGAUGAAUUCACCCAGGCUUUCUCCACAAUCAAUAGACCUGCCCCAAAACUGGAAAAAGAUUAUGAUGACAGUGUUGACUCUUCUGUUGGCACCAUAGAUUCUGUCUCGGGCACCGAGGAAGGUGGCGAUGAAGACUUGUUGGCUGCUCAAGAUAAACUGAUUCAGGAGAAAAAAGUCACCCCUCUACCAUUGGAACCAGGGAACGAGAUGCCUUCGCAAGCUGCAACGGAAAAAGCUGCAACGCCAACAACACAAAAUGCAGACGAAUUUGCAAAGGCGUUCUCGGCGCUGACAGAAGUCAGCCAACAACCGGAUGCAACCUUGGUCGAUAGUGAAGGAAUCGAUUCAUCGGUAGGCACUGUAGCAUCAGUUUCUACUUCACGGGAGCCUGGCACUACAACUGUUGAAGACAGCCAACUCCCUCAAGAAGUGCCCAGGCCCGCUUCUGAUGCUUUGCCCGCUGACCCCGACGUUGAUGCUGAGGACGCAAUCAAGCGCGACGCGAAGGUUAACGAAUUCACCCAGGCUUUCUCCACUAUCAAUAAAGUCUCUCCAAAGACGGAAAUCGACGACAUCGACAGCGUUGAUUCCUCUGUUGGUUCCAUCGAGUCUGUGUCUGCAUCGGAAGGUGCCGCAGAAGACGAUUUGGCACCAGCUCCAAAGGAGCCCAUAACAUCAGAGCCCGUUCUAUCAGAGCCACUGUCUACUUCUGAUAAACAUACUGCACCCAGCAUGGAUAAGGAUGGCACCAUUAUAUCCUCUACAGGUUAUGUGGCUUCCGUCUCUGCCCAAGACCCAAACAAUGUUCGUUUGUCCAGUCGAAAGGAACCAGAUGAAUUCAGGAAAGUCAAGGAAAUUUUCUACCGACCAGACGCACGCAUCAACGAGAAAAUGGACGCUUUGGAAAAAACGUUGCAGUUCGAGAAAGAUUUAAUUGCAAGUGCAGAGCGCAUCUUGGAGUCGCUAAUGAAUGAAGAUGAUCUGGAUGACGAGAGCACGACGUUUGGGGGGCCCAAUAAAUGGUUGCCGGACGAUGAUUUCACACCGGCUGGCACAGACGACAGGAGUGUUGCGUUGUCCGUGGAAGUCAUCUCAGUGGCACUGUCGUCAUCUGGAUCCUCGUCAGAGACUGAAACGUCUGAUGAUUUGUUGCUGCCCAGAGGGUUUGCAGAUGAAAACGUCGAGAAAGACAGGGAAGGUCUCGGCGAUGCACAAGGCCAAGAACAGCAGACGCCGCGCUACAAAGAACCUCCGAGGCAGUGGCCCCCAGUUGCACCAGAACAAUCAAAGGCGUCUGUACCCGCAGAAUUGGAGAAAAUCGAGGAAAAGGAAGCCGCACAGGACAAGGAACUGGAGGCGAAGGAAAGCCAACCAAGGACAGAUGAAAUCCCGAAACAGGGCACUGUUGCAAAGAGCUGGCCUGUUGUAAACACCGGAAGACCUGCUGCCGCUCCUUUGCGAGUCGAAGCUGUUCAGGAGGAAGCUCCCGAGGAGAACGAUUCGGCCCAAGAGAGCACGGGCGAAAUCCCUGGCGGAACAGCGGCAUCAUCGGUGAAGAGGUGGCCGACCGUACAGACCGGCGUACCGACUUCCAGACAGAUUCGACAAGGUGUGGACAGGGCGGCGGUGCCCAAACUAAGCAACCCUGGCAUCCAAGCAACCAUGCCGCAGCAACGGCCGCAGCCGCGUGCAUUGCCUCGCGUGCGACAGAACGUGGAACCCGAACGCAGAAAGAAACCAGAGAAUGUCGAGAAGGAACCAACUGCAGAGGAAACUGCCAAGGUCAAAGAACUGCGAGAAAAGCUGGCAAAGCAAAAUCGAGAGCUCGAGGACGCCAAGAAGGCCAAGAGGGAAUUGGAAGCAGAUAAUGCAAGGAGAGCAGCAGCAGCAGAAUCUGCCGCCGUCAGGCAACUGCAGAAGGAGCUAGAAAAGCAGAAAAGGGACCUUGAGGAGAAAAGGCAGGCGAUGAAGAAUCUGGAAACAGAGAAUGAGAAGCAAAAGAGAGCCUUGGCCGAAGCUGAGAGGGUAGAAAAGCUACAGGAGGAGCUAGAAAGAAAGAAGAACAAGGAACUGGAACAAAGAAAGAAAGCGAUGCGAGACCUUGAGCUGGAGAAUGAAAAGCAAAAGAAGAAGCUGGCUGAAGCAGCUAGAAUCAAAGAGUUGCAAGACGAGCUAGACAAGCAGAAUAAAGAGCUGGAAAGAACGGAGGAGGCGGUGAGAGAUCUGGAGGCAGCGAAUCAGAAGCAAAAGAAUGCAUUGACGGCCAAAGAGGAAAGGCCACGUCCAACCAGAAGGUGGCAGCCGACGAAGCAAAAGGUGGAUACAAAAGACAGUGCGUCUGACAAGACAACGAAUGUACCGAGCAACGAAGCAGUGCGUGGGAAUCAAGCCAGCACGAUACCGAGUGAAGGUGGCACGGUCGCAAAGCUAGCCAGCAAAUUCAACGAAAAAAGCGCUGCAAACGCUGCUCCCCCGACCGCCAGGUCACCAAGAAUCGAAGCUGUCGCAACAGAGGCUGGUUCUGAACUAUCACUGGAGCAGCCCAGCGAAGAGUCUCCGCAUGCUGCGCGCCAAAUUGUCGCCCAUGACGACAUUUCAGAAAUAUCUUUCUCUGUUGUAACUGAUGCAACCGGAGCUGUACCGAUUCCAUCAAGCAAACAGGUGGAGCAAGCCAAAUCAACGCCGGCUAUUACCAUUCAAGACCCCGUUGAUCGAUCCAAAGAAACAGUGGUACCGCACAAUGCGGCAGGAGUCAGUGCUCAUGAGAUAGACGAGCCGAAGCUUCCAGCGCUAAAAGAGAUGCCCGAUGAGGCUCCUAGUGCUCCUGCCCCGGUGGCUCCAGUUCCCCAAACUGACGUUCCUAUCGCCGGCAUGUCGAUCUCACCAGAGGAUGCAGAGUUAUUGAAUACCAAGGUUGCUGAUUUGGUGAGUGUCCAAGUCGACAUUGAAAAUGAAAGCAGCAGCAUCGAGCUCUCCCUGGAGUCCUUGUCGACCAAUUCCUCGGAAGAGUUGCGGCGCAACAUGGAGAAAGCAGCUCGAGACGAAGAGGAGGCUGAAAAAAUGGUCGCAGAAAUGCUAGAGUCCGCUACAGAGGAAGCACCAGGCGCCGUCGCCAGUGCUGCUCCCGUGCUCGAAGAGGAGAAGAAUGAUACAGAUCCGAAAUCUAGCGAUGCACCCGACAAAACGCCUUUACUCGGCGCACUUGACGAGCAGAGCGGAAGCGACAAGGCUGAUGCCAGCCCGAAUGACCCGAGUCUCAAGCAGGACGAAUCUGUUGCUGAAGAAGUACCGGGUGGCCAAAGCGUUGCGAAGUCUGCAUCCUUUGACGAGUCCGGAGCGAAGCAAAAGUCCGGUCCUGUUGAACCUUCGUCAGAAGAAGAGGAAUCGUCUGAGUCUGAAGUGAAACCGAAACCAAAGGCGAAGAAAGUUUUGGAGUCGUCGUCGGAGGAGGAAUCGUCUGAUUCCGAGGAGAAGCCAAAACCAAAGGCAAAGGCAAAAAAGCUUCUGGAGUCGUCAUCAGAAGAGGAAAGUUCAGAGUCGGAGUCAGACUCAGAGCCCAAGAAAACGCAAAAGGCACCAACAGUCAAGAAAGCAACUGCGCAAACCGGGGAGUCUUCCUCUGGGGAAGCAGAGUCAAUCAGCGAGGAGACGUCGGCAGAAAGUUCAAGUUUCAAGAAGAAGACGGCUGCAAAGACGAAUAAGGGCGAAAUCGCACUGUCCCUCGGAGCUGCCUCGAACCCACAGACUGACAGUCGCGCGGGGGGACUCGGCGGGAUGGAUGAAGAACCAAAGGAGGCUGAUCUCCAGGCCUCACUCGAAAAACAAAUGCAAUCUGCCGACACGGGAGAUGUUGAGAGUGCUGCUGUUUCGGCAGAAGCGCUCGAGCCCCUGGGCAACCCGCUAAUCCCUAUCACGCUGGCGAGAGCAGCCGCUGAGAGCCAACAAGACGAUGAUGCUCCUCGAAACUUCCUCGAUGAAUUCACUAAAGAGGACGACCCCGCAGGGUACAAGCCUGACAAUGAGAAUUACUCAGAUCCCGUUGAUCCCAAUGGGAGCGACUUGUCCGUGAUUUCUAUUCAUUCUGAGCUCACAGCGAGCUCGGGCGACUUUGACCCUGUUGAUGACGCUGCACCACCGACGGACGAAGCCGUCCAGGACGAAGAGCCAAAAAUAAACGAAAAGGAUGCAUUCGCUAAGGCCUUCUCGGCAAUAUCAGGUGCCAAGACUUCCACGUUGGACAAUGAAACUGUCAGUGUAGAUUCAUCAAUGAAAGCUAAGUUUGGAACAACUGAUUCCGUCGUUGUUGCCGAUGCCGUCAGUCACGUUACUUCCGAAGAGCCCAAGGAAACAAAGGAUAUGACUGCACCAGAAACAACAGAGUCGCCCGAGGAAGAGACGGAGGAGACAACGGAUGCAAACGAGAAGGACGCAAAGCCCAAGAAGAAAAAAGCAAAGAAGAAGAAGAAAGAGGAAGAGAGGAAGAAAGAGGAAGAGAGGAAGAAAGAAGAAAAGAGGAGGAGGAAGAAGAAGAAGAAGCAGAGAAAAGCCGAGGGCGAAGAGAGCAUUUCGAAGCAAGAGUUUCCGUUCGACGAAGUUACGGAUCUUUCACCAAGCACCCAGCAGGAAGCAAGUACUUCUCGUGAAAGCGAACCGGUUGUACAGGAACCGCAGCGCACAGAGCAAUUGGAUUUCGGACCACGCGCACAAGAAACCUCCCCGACUCCUCCCUCCGAUCUGAGACAAUCCGAGGUCCAACAACCGCUCAGUACUCUUCCUCCCCAGAGAGCCCCGCAUACGCUACCCAACGUCGACGACGCAUUUGAAAGACUCAACCGGCUCAAGGACAGACUUCGAAGUUUGAAGGUCUUGAUGGACACAAAAGAUCCAGAAAGUCAGGUAGAGGCGCAAAGGCUGCUCGCCAUUUCGUACGAUGCCCAGAACGAGGGACAAAACCCUCUUUCGGGAGCCAUAGCCGAGUUUUCGCGCGAGCUUCAACACGCCUCUAGAAUCACUGCUGGCAGCCAGAACCUUGGAACGCCUUCUCCCAUCGACGAGGCAUACGGUGCACUGCUGAGAGCGCAGUCGAAGCUUCGAAGUUUGCGUGCCUUGGCCAAGGGAAGGAAGCCCCGCCAGAAAUUUAUCAUGAAGUCCUUCCAACUUAUCCUUAUCGCCGUCAUUGUGGCAUGCGCUUCUGCCUUUGCCCCUGUCGCCCCUAAGACUGUUGCUGUCAAGCCUCUUGCCGCCAGCAAGCUCCCUGAACCCCUUCGAGAGGUGAAGGACACCAAGAACGCCGCUGCUGUCGCUGCUUUCGCCACUGCUAUCGCUCCUUUCGCCGCACAUGCCACUGAGGUUGACGAAGCUACUGUUAUCGGAUACGGAGCUGGACUUGUUGCAUGUGUUGUUUCUUUGGCUGUUGGUUUCGCCAUCGGUUAUGGAACUCUUGUCAAGCCCUAA